CUCUACGUCUACCACAGUCGGCUGCUCCGGCACCGGCCCUACCUGGCCCUGCAGCAGGUAGACCAAUGCUUGAAGCGCCUAUGGAAAAUGAACUUGGUGGGCUGCAUUGAAACUCUGGCAGGACUGAUUCCCAAGAAAAAUACACCCCAAGCCCAUGUGGAGUGCUUAGUUCCCAGCCAGCCUAUGCUGGAAACCGUUGCUCUGAAGGUGCUGGGAGGUUGCAAGCUCAUACUGCGUCUGCUGAACUGCUGCUGUAAAGCUUUUCUCUUGUCUGUUAAACAUCUCUGCUCACAAGAAUUCAUACUUUUGAACACUGUGGCUUCGGGGUUAUUGAGCCGGCUACGGAUUCAGUACAGGUGCGUAUUGCAGAGCCUAAUUUCCUUGUACGGCACGUUGUUCACAUCACUUCACCUGAUAUCUGAGACCCAACAGAUGCCGUAUAUCAAGGGGUUCACCUUUCCUUCUGACAUCAGUAACUUCCUUGGAGUUAAUGUUUCUUCUGAGGUGAAGAAGCAGAAGGCUAGAAUGCGCACAACAAAAAAACCUACCAGCUGGCUGAAGAGGCUCUUCCCAACAAUGCCAGAGGCUGUGUCAGAGGUGGGGGAAAAGAGGAAUUUUGCAACCUGCAUGAGUGCUGUGAAAAACAGUAGCAUCCCAUGCCCCAUGGACAUUGGAGAAACAAUUCUGGUGACAAGAGCUAGCAGAG